GUUUCGACGGUCGUCGACGUGGCCUGAGAAAUGUGAUGUGGUGCGCAGGAAUCGUCUGAUUCAAUAUAUACGCAUUGAAAUGGCUUGAGCCACGUGUCUCCAGUCUGAUAUCGAGUAUGGCGGAGAUAGAGCGCUUGAAGCGUUCGAGGAACGCCGCCCGAGGGUGGCUGAAUCGUGCAGGCGAGUCCCUGAGCGCCGCGCUGACAAGCAAAGAUGCAAAGCAAAGUGACGCACAGACAAGCAAAGAUGUGGAUCUUUUUGAAGUGGAAACCAUGCUUGCUCUCUUUGAUAGGAGGAUGUGUAACUUUGAAGCCGCGCAGGCGGCUCUUGAGUCGGAACAAUCUGAGGAGGACACCCUGUCCGACCAGUCUUCAGGGUCGUUGGACCAGUUGAUCAUGUUGAGAGCGAGGGCCAUGAAACUGCUGGCAGUCCACCAAGCAGCACCAGCUGCUGGUGCUGGGAUCCGAGGUGAGACCCCCAAGCUACCGAGGUUGGACCUGCCCCGUUUCUCUGGAAAACCCCAAGAUUGGCCUGCAUUUUGGGAGGCGUUUUGUGUCGCAGUACAUGAUUCGAAGUUAGCAGAUGUCACAAAGCUCACCUAUCUGAGAACGUUGCUGGAUGGUGAGGCGAAGAGAUGCGUGGAGGGGCUCGCAUUGAGUAGCGAGAGUUACAAGAUAACAUGUGAUCUUCUGCAAGAGCGGUUUGGACGCAAGGAUUUAAUAAUAUUUUCUCAUGUGCAAGCUCUCCUCAACCUUGAUCCUAUUCCUUUGGACAAGCUCCGUGACCUAGUAGAUAUCCUCCUCAUCCACAUCAGAAGCCUGGAAGCCCUCGGCAUUACAGGAGAGUCCUAUGGUGUGCUUCUAAAUCCUAUCAUCCUUUCCCGACUACCCAAUGCUGUCCGCCUGGAGUGGGCCCGUGAAGCCGAGGAGAAGGAGGCUGAUCUUGAUCAUCUCAUCGGGUUCCUGACGAGGGAGGUGGAGCGGCGAGGUCGCUCUGGUGUCUACGUGGGACUGGCUGGUGCUGGAGCAUCAUCUUCAUCUUCACGAGCCAGUGGUGCCGGCGCUUCUUCACGGGCUGGUGGUGCCGGAGUCUCCGCUCGGGCUGGCAGUGCCGGCGGUUCUUCAUCUUCGAGAGGUGGGGGCAGCCACCCUGCUGUCACUAGCCGGCGCCCGUCUGUGUACACGGAGGCGCGGGGCACCGGCCCUGGUCUACCCUCCGGGGCAGCUCUGCACUCAUCUGAGCUUAAGUGCUCUUUCUGCGAACCUCAGAGCUGUGGCGGUUCCAGCCAUAUGUGCCCCCCUCGCGCGUCCACUUCUGCCGGCCUCUGUUCUGGAUCAGCUUGAUGGUGUAGUCCUGGCUGACCCGCUAGAGAGUGAGAGUCUGCACAUCGACAUUCUGGUCGGUGUUGAUCAGUUCUGGCAACUGGUAAGUGGGGAGACGCGAGUACUGCGAGAGGGUAUGGUGGCUCAGAGAACUGUGUUCGGCUGGGUGCUGAGCGGUCAGGUGAGUGGCGUAGAUGACCACAAGGGUGGAUGUCAGCUCCUGUGUCUGGGUGACAUACAUGAGUCGGCGCUGCGCCGUCUGUGGUCACUGGAGGGAGUAGGUGUGACGGAUGUGACCACUGGUGAUGAGUCUGAUGUGAUGACCACGUUCGAGUCCACUGUGGAACGAUCAGCUGAUGGUCGUUAUGUGGUGAAACUGCCAUGGAAGGAGGGUGCAGUUGACCUGUUGCAGGAUAACCGAGCUAGUGCUGAGAAGCGGCUGACUGGUCUGGGACGUAAGCUGGAGCGGGACCCUGACCUGCGUGCCCGUUAUGAUGGUGCCCUGUGUGAGAUGGAGGGGGCUGGGGUGAUUACAGAGGUGCCUGUGGAGGAGCUGGUAACCCAGAACCCUACAUUUUACCUGCCCCACCGUCCGGUAGUCAAGGAGAGCAGCACCUCUACUAAAGUCCGCCCAGUGUUCGAUGCGUCCGCUCGUGGGCCUAACGGUGUCUCUUUGAACGAUUGCUUGGAGGUGGGACCCUGCCUCCUGCCUAACCUGCUGGAGGUUCUCCUGCGUUUCAGGCGUUGGCCGUUCGCAGUGACCGCUGACAUCACGAAAGCCUUUCUGCAGGUCGGUCUGAGUGUCGAGGAUCAAGACACCCACCGUUUCCUGUGGGACUGUGACGGUCGUGUGCGUGUGAUGAAGUCACAGAGGGUCAUUUUUGGUGUCAGUAGUUCUCCCUUCCUCCUAAGUGCUACGAUUAGACAUCAUUUGUCUCUGUACCCUGAUUCUCCUGCCAUUCGUGAGAUGCGUGAGAAUUUCUAUGUGGAUGACCUGUUGUCGGGUGCCGACAGCGAGAGUGAGGCCUCCGCGCUGCUCUCAGAGGCUCAGCGUGUGAUGAGAGAUGCCCACAUGAUGUUGACCAAGUGUCGCUCUAACAGCCCCCUGUUGUUCGACAAGGCGCAGGGUGUGUUUGGUGAGAGUGAGCAUGUGAAGGUGCUCGGUGUGAUCUGGAACCCGACUGAUGACCUGUUCGCAUUCCAGGGCGUGUCACUGCCUGACGACAUUGUUCCCACAAAACGUGUCGUUCUCAGCUUUGUCGCACGCAUGUUCGAUCCCCUUGGAUUCAUCAGCCCGUUUGUGAUGACUCUGAAAUCUCUCUUCCAAGAGCUGUGGCAGCUGGGGUUGCACUGGGAUGACCCGCUGCCGGAGUCCUGUCGUGAGACGUUCGCCAGAUGGCUGAGUGGACUGGCGGUGCUGAAGGAGCUGCGUGUGCCGCGCCGCUACUCGCCGAGCGCGUGGAGGGACGGCCACGGCGCUGAGCUUCUGGCAUUCAGCGAUGCAUCGCCCAAAGGGUAUGGAGCUGCCGUUUACAUCCGUGUCCCUUUGGAGGAUGGGUCAUUUCAUGUGUCGCUGGUGAUGGCAAAGAGCCGUGUGGCGCCUGUUAAGAAGCUUAGUCUUCCUAGGCUAGAGCUUCUUGGCUGCCUGAUCGCGGCCCGCCUGGUCGUGUUCGUGAGGAGUGCGCUUCGUCUCUCGCACAGUACUCCGUGCCUCUGUUGGACUGAUUCAAUGGUAGCACUGGGUUGGAUCAGGGCCGAUCCACGUAAGUGGAAGGAGUUUGUGGCCAACAGAGUGACUGAAAUUCAGAGUCUGACGGAUCCUGAACGGUGGCAGCACUGUCCGGGGGAGUGUAACCCGGCUGACCUCACCACACGCGGGGUGUCUGCUGAGGAGCUUGUGAGGUCAGAGCUGUGGCUCAGUGGGCCAUCUUGGCUGUCACACUGUCACACACCUGACGUGAACCAGUCUGUCUUGGUGCAGCACGAUUUGUCCGGCGUCUCUGUGAGUUCUCCCGGAGGUGACGUGUGCCCCCGUGCAGGUGACGUGUGCCCCCGUGGAGGUGACGUGUGUUCCCUUGGUGGUGAUGUGUACCGAGCUGGUGGUGAUGUGAGCACGCCUGUGUGCUCACCAGGCGGUACCGUGCGCACGCCUGUGUGCUCGCCUGGCGGUGCUGUGUGCUCGUCCGGCGGUGCGGCGUGCUCGCCUGGCGGGGCUGUGUGCUCACCCGGCGCUGCCGUGUGCUCACCCGGCGCUGCCGUGUGCUCGCCCGGUGCUACCUUGUGCACACCGGACGGAGCUGUGUGUUCGUUUGACGAGAAGGUGUCUGAUCCUAUUACUGAGGAGAUGGUUGAAGUAGAGUCCUUCUGUUUGGUGACUUCACAGUUUGAGGAAGUAUUUCCUGUUGAACGCUGGGGUAAGAUGUCCAAGGCUGUCCGUGUGGCGGGCUGGGUCCGUCGAUUUAUACGGAACUGUCGUGUCCCAGCUGACAGGUGCAGUCUUCCUGAUCUGACGACUCUCGAGCUAGCUGACGCGAGGCUCGAUCUGCUGCGACAGGAGCAGCGGAAGGCGUUUUCUGGAGAAUGGAGCGCGUUGGAGAAGCGCCAGUCGCUGCCGAAGGGCUCGCGCCUGAUCGGUCUCGACCCGUUUAUCGCUGACGAUAGACUUCUCAGAGUGAGGGGUCGGCUGGAGUUCUCUGACUUGAUGUACGAGGAGAAGCACCCGAUUCUGCUGCCAAAAUGUCACUUGGCUGUGCUUUUGGCAAGAGAGCAGCAUGUUCUUCUGAAACAUGCGGGUGUCUCAACGAUGAUGACUUCGCUCAGAGGAGCGUAUUGGAUCUUGGGCUUGCGCUGCAUCGCCAAGGGUGUGAAGCGCGGCUGUGUCAGCUGCCUUCGUCACGAUUCUCGACCGUUCAACGAGGAGGCGGCGCCUCUGCCGGGCUGCAGAGUGACUCAGUCCCCUCCAUUCACAGUGACUGGUGUUGAUUUUGGUGGUCCCCUGUUCAGCGUCGAUUUUCCACGGAAGAAGUUUUACGUGUGCCUGUUCACGUGUGCUGUCACGCGUGCCGUUCACAUUGAAAUGACUGACGCCCUGUCGUUACCGGCAUUCAUGCUAGCACUCAGGCGUUUUUCAGCCAGGCGCGGUCUACCAAGGAUCAUGUACUCUGACAACGCACCUACUUUCAGGGUAGCUGAUAAGCAGCUGCAGCGUGUCUACAGUCAUCUGGCGCCUGAGUGGCGCUUCAUUGUACCGCAUUCGCCGUGGUGGGGCGGAUGGUGGGAACGGCUCAUCCGUUCCGUGAAAGUGGGCCUGCGCAAGUCGCUUGGGUCACGCUGUCUGUCACGGGAUGAGCUGGAGACUGUGUUGUUAGAAGUUGAGUGUUGUGUUAACUCCCGUCCAUUGACGUUUGUUGGUGAUGGACUGGACUCGAGCCCCCCGAUCACCCCGGCGCACUUUCUGACGGGCAGAGGGACCGGGUUCUCCUCGCGGGUGGUGGAGGACCCUGCCUGUGUGAAUGCGAAGGCGCUGACUGAGAGAGCUCGUGUGUGUGAGAAGCGUCUGGCUAGAUUUUGGUCUGUCUGGUACAAGGAGUAUGUCAGGACCCUGCCGCCUUCUGUCAGAAGGUUCAGGCCUCAAGGUAAGCUGUCCGAGGGCUCCAUGGUCAUGCUGCAGGAGGAUAACGUGCCGCGCAUGAGGUGGGUACAUGGCGUCGUCACGAGACUGAUCACCGGCCGAGACGGAAAGGUGAGGUCGGCAGAAGUCCGGACUCCGUCUGGUCUAAAAACCCGUCCCAUCCAGAGGCUUUUUGACCUCGACCCGCUGUCCUCUGAGCCGUGAACCGCUCACAUUCGUCGGCGGUGUUAGACCGCAGUGUUCGUCAGCAGUGUUAGUUUGUUUUUCUCUCGUCUGCGAUUACAGGCAAGGUAGUGUUGGGCGCCGACUGUAGAUGUCGCUCUGAGCAGUGAGGCGGCGUGCAGAGGACGCGCUGAGUUGACAGUUGCGUGUGGUGGCUCGCAGAGUGCAGGGUGCAAGUGGCCCUGGUGAUGUGAAAAGUUUGAUGUCGUUUGCGUCGAGGUUGGCGUUUGUUUGUUUGAAGAGUGGUGAAUCGAUUUACGUUUGCGUUUGUAGACUGAUGCGUUUGACUCAGAUUCUCUGUCUGAAUCUGUCUGAAUUGAAUUAAGUGAUGCAGUCUUGUUCGCUGUGAACUAUGGAUCUGUCGUUGUAAGAUCGGUUCCGUACCUGUGUGAAAUGCGCCCUCUGAAGUUCGCAUUUCAGGGGGGAGGAUGUUACGGAAUUUAGUGAACGCUUCUCUUGGCAGCGAUUCAACGACUAUUUUUUAGCAGUAGUUUAGUGUUUCGACGGUCGUCGACGUGGCCUGAGAAAUGUGAUGUGGUGCGCAGGAAUCGUCUGAUUCAAUAUAUACGCAUUGAAAUGGCUUGA